CCGCAACAUGGAGGGAGGUUACAAAACACCGCUCCACGCGCGCGCCGCACCGGGGCGGGGUUGGCGCCGGGCGGCCGGGGACCGAGUCACGUGGGGAAGAGAACCCUUGGACUGAUUGGACUCCUUCUUUCUGCCAUUAUUGCCUGGAUGGAACAUGAGGCUACCCAACUAGAAAAGCAGCACGUGCAUAGCGUGUAUGAAAAUACAGCUGCCUACUUUAAUGAUCUGCAGAGCAAAGCAUGGCCUCGUGUUCGAAACUUCCUGCUGGAGCAGAAGCCUGGCAGUCUUGUUGCUGAUAUAGGCUGUGGAACUGGAAAGUAUCUCAGUGUCAACAAUCAGGUGUAUAAUCUUGGCUGUGAUUACUGUGGACCAUUGGUAGAAAUUGCAAGGAAGAAAGAUGAAGAAGUUCUGGUGUGUGACAACCUUAACCUUCCCUUCAGGGACCAGUGCUUCAAUGCAGUCAUUUCCAUUGGUGUGAUCCAUCAUUUCUCAACUAAACAAAGAAGAAUCAAAGCAAUAAAGGAAAUGGCAAGGGUAUUGAUACCCGGAGGCCAGAUGAUGAUCUAUGUUUGGGCUAUGGAACAAAAGAAUCGUCGCUUUGAGAAACAAGACGUACUUGUUCCAUGGAACAAGGCCUUGUGCUCACGGCAUUUUUCAGAAUCAAAUCAAUCUGGAGAUAAGGGUGAGUUUGUGCAUGCUGUAAAGAGCCAAGAUAUACAUCCUGCACAGCUAGUCAUCUCUGACUGCAGCUACCAAACCAAUCUCCAGCCAGAAACUGACUCAAAACAUUCCCACAAUAUGGACCAUUGCUUGUCCAGAGCCUGCUGCAUGAAAAUUUCUGAAGAAGAAAACAGAUUUUACAGUGCUCUGGGAAAAUCUUUCCGCUCCUGGUUUUUCUCUACAUCCCUUGAUGAAUCAGCCCUGAGAAAGCAAGCUGACAAAAUGAAGCCUCCAAAGAAUGAAGGAGAUUGGGCAAACAGUACUAUACCCAUUCAGCAUUCACGACAUUGCAGUUUGGAUUUAGGUCACCAUGGGGCACUGUUAAAAGAACAAAGUUUAGAUGAUGAUGAUGUGUUUGUGGAAAGCCUGUCUCUCAAAAAACCACAGUGGUCACCAGCCACAGAUGCACUGAGGGACUUAAGUUUAAAUGGAGGACACCAAAGUGUUGCUCAGAGCAAAAGUGAAGAAGCUUCAUGUAUAAAUGGCCCAGUAGAAGACAGGGACUACAGCUGUGGUUGUAAUAAAGAUGGUGCUGGUACGUCUAAUGCGAGCAAGUCUUUUAAAAGAACUUCAACAACUGACUCCACUGACUCUGCUUUAGAUACAGCAGUCUCUGUUGGGGACCAAACUGAUGCCAUGUUGGAUACAAAAGCCUUCAUGCGUUACUAUCAUGUUUUUCGGGAAGGGGAGUUGUGCUCUCUGGUAGAAGAGAGUGUGCCUGAGCUUCAGAUACUUUCUUCCUGCUAUGACCAUGGAAACUGGUGCAUUAUUGCAGAGAAAAGAGGAACAUAGCUGUAAAGAGAAUAAAGCAGAAUCCAGUGACUGAAGCUUUUAAGCUUCUCUUUGUGUUUCUGUGAUCAUGCAGUGUGACAUGGGUUUUGAAUCUCAUGUAGUUGCCGUGUGCCAUUCAUUUCUAAGUGAUCUCUCUACCUGUUUAACUAUCUAAUGCAAGGUGUGUAUAUACAAAUGUAAGUGGUAAACAAUAUUUACGUUUUGUUAAACUUUUAUGAGGUUAAAACUGGAGAGUUUUAUAUUGCUUUUCGCAAAUAAUUGUGUUUUUAAAUAUACUUUUCUAUUGAGAAAUAAAACCUUUUUAUAAGACAAGGAUCAGGGCAUCUUUUAUGAGAAGUAUCCUCUCAGUAGAAGGUUUAGGCUUUGUUCCUCAGACACUGAAAAUGUGUCAUGUUACUUCCUGUUCUUGAAGUCCUGUAAAUAGAGACACAGGUACAUUUGAAAACAUACUUGACUGUAUACUGCUGGAGUGCAUGCUGCAGAACUGGGAGCAAGCACGGUCCUAGUGCUACUUAGCUUGGAGUAGAGUUGUUAAUGGGAAAAAAACAAGCUCUGCAUGUUCUGUCAUCUUGAGAUUUGUAUAUGGGAGCAAAUGACAGAACAGAUUUUGAACAGUAUUUUUGACUUUUGUUUUAAAAAGACUUUAAUUUAUCAGGUGCAAGUUAGGGUUUAUGUGUUAGCUCUCCCAAAUACUUUGUCUUAAUUUCAUUUGCUGUAGUUUUUUCAUUGGUUAUGUGUAUAUAUAGAAGUCAAGAGGGAUUUGUGAGAAUAUUGGUAUUAUGUAAAGGUUACAAAACAUCAGAUAUUUGGGAUAUAUAUAUAUCUUUUUGAUAAGCCUGUGAGGCUAUGAUAAAAUUAAUAAAAAUCCAGUGCAUAUCUGGUCA